AUGAGCCAUGAUCGCUCAGGUGAGAAGGAGGACGGUGGACGGCACAGUGAUCGAGCACAACAGCGGGAUGUUUCUGGUUUCCAGCAACACCAGUCGAGUCCCUGUCCUGGAGAGACUGAUCAAACCACAUGCCUGCGCGUACAGCAAGCCCAAAUCAACAUCUCGUCUGAGCAGAACAAUCGCGCAAAUCAGACGCAGCACACUCACACAUCGGAGAGGGAAGAACAUAGGCGUGAAACCCAAGAGAAAGAUGAAAUGCUUCGACAUUGCUACCAUGAGAUUAGCAAAUUGCGGGCUUCUGUGGAGAGCUAUACCAAACAGAAACUGAUGCUGCAACCCCAGCAAGCCUUGAAAGACUCUGACAUCGCCUUCAGAUAUCAAGAUCUUUGCACCGCCAUCGCAGACUGGGAGGAGAUCCAGUUUGGACAUCUCGAUAGCCCACUGCAAAAUUUGGAGCAAAUUAGGUGCAGUCAAAUGGGAAAGGAGCUGGUAAAUGCAUAUCUUGGCUUCAGUGAUGAAGCAAAAAUUGCCGUCACGCAUCCAAUGACGGAAAACAUCAUGCUAACCUAUUGGAUACACCGCCAUCUAGAGAAGUUUGUGUCAGUCGUCAAGCACGGCAUGAGGACGAUGCAGCCUCCAAGAGAUGAGCUCCUCGUUGGAAUGGUGGGUUCUGAGCUUCAGCGAGUGUUAAGCCAAACCCCGGCGAUGCUCGGUCAGCGAGAUGAGUACCUGGAAGGGCAAUGUCGAACGCUAGCCGAGGUACUCAUGGAAUUUCUCCCAGACGAUCAAAAGGCAAAUUUCCGGUUUGCUGGCCUAAUGACGAUCUUCAAAGACGCAGCAGAUCUAGCUCAUCAGAUUCAGUUGACUCCUCAGUCGUACGGCUAUGACACUGCUUUUUGGUACAGCGAUCCCAAUUCUGCCCGCGUCCUUUUCGACGACGAGAGAAGAGAAUACAAAAUCAUCAACGCGGCAUAUUCUCAGCCCAUUCGUGACAAUGAUAUCAUCGAGGUUGGACCGAAUGGUAGAAUCGGCAAAAAGCUCUGCGUCAUCCAUCCCGCCCUGGUUCGUAGAGGUCAAGGGGAGCGAGGGGACAUGGUACUCACCCAAGCAACCAUCCUCGCUAGUCUCGACAAGCCUAUCAGCCGUCCACAGAGAGCUAAUACACAGCCCAAAAUCGAAGUGAAGAUUGAACCUCGAGAGCAUGAACAGGCAAGUUGA